AUGGAUCACGCCAAGUUGGCUAAGAUGCAGCAGAGCGUGCGGAUUGGUAUUGGCAAGGGCACUCCCCGCCGCAAGGUCAAGAAGGUCCACCGCACCGCUGAUGCCGAUGACAAGAAGCUCCAGACCACCCUCAAGAAGCUGAAUGUCCAGCCCAUCCAGGGAAUUGAGGAGGUCAACAUGUUCAAGGAGGAUGGCAACGUCAUCCACUUCGGUGCUCCCCGCGUCCACGCCUCCGUCCCUUCCAACACCUUCGCCCUCUACGGCCACGGCGAGGAGAAGGAACUCACCGAGCUCGUCCCCGGUAUCCUCAACCAGCUUGGCCCCGACAGCCUCGCCUCCCUCCGCAAGCUCGCCGAGUCCUACCAGAACAUGCAGAAGGCCCAGGGUGAGAAGAAGGAUGAUGAUGAGGAGGAUGAUAUCCCCGACUUGGUCGAGGGUGAGAACUUUGAGAGCAAGGUCGAGUAA